CUAUCAAUGAAAGUAGUAUAAAAGGAGACAAAUGUAAAGGCAAUAUCAGCAAGAGCAGAACACCAGGACUUCACACAAGAGAGGGACAUCAUGGAUUACUGUGGAAAGUACAUAGCAGUUAUCCUGGCCUUUUUAUCUGUAUUUAUGCAUGUGCUCCAUUCCUUUCCAGAAGGAGAUUUAAUGGUUCAGGGAUGCCCAGAAUGUAAACUUAAAGAAAAUACCUAUUUUACAAAAAGACUUGGAAAGCCUCUGAUUUUUCAGUGUACUGGAUGCUGCUUCUCUAGGGCUUAUCCUACUCCAAUGAGAUCAAAGAAAACUAUGCUGGUUCCGAAGAAUAUUACAUCUGAGGCAACAUGCUGUGUGGCAAAGGCCUCCACACGGGUCACAGUGAUGGACAAUUUGAAGAUUGAAAACCAUACAGACUGCCAUUGCAGUACCUGCUAUUAUCAUAAAUCUUAAAUAUACAAUAAAUAUAAGAAAAUAUUAUAUGUGAUAUGUUUCUUGGCUGUCCUUCCCUCAUCUGCAUGAUGUGAUCCCACAUUCUACAUGUAACACUUGUCUGUAUAUUCAUUAUUUUACUUCUCCAUAACGUUUGGAAUAUUAUUGUUUUAGAAAUAAAAAUGCUUUUGCAUGACUGUUAUGAUA